AACACGUGCUUAGGCAGGACGGGAACCCUCACAUCCAUUUGUCAAUUGUCACCGCCGCCUGAAUAUUCAACUGUAAGGGGCCUGCUUUCUGGAUUUGUCAGUCACUACUCAGUUCCGACCCUUUUCAUUUCUGCACACAAACAACUUUUUACAUAAUUCUUCUCCUUCCCUCUCAUAACCCCAUUUAUUGUAUUUGAUUGCCGAUAUAAAAAAAAUCCAUUCUAAGUACUUUCUAUGGUUACUUGUCAAAUGCAAGCAAGAAUUCUCUCAUUUUUACACAGCUGAAUCAAAGGUGGAAAGUUGAAGGGAUCUUGAAAUUUUUUUUUUUUUUGGGUAUAUAAGCAAUGCUUCUUUCACAGCAGUUCAAGUUUCAAUUUUUCAGCCACAAUACUUGUCAUAUAACUCAUUGCAAAAGCUCAAAAGUUCCAACUUUUAAGCAACUACUCUAUAAGCCCACUCUCGAAGCAUUUACAGUUAGGUGUGUAAAGCACAAACCUUUAGCUGUCUCUUUGGAUGCAAAUGAAGCUAGUUUUUCAGAUGAACAAUGUAAUGUUGAAGAAAAGAUUGAAGUGGCUAAGGACAAAAGCUUUUGGGGUGCUGUAAGUUUGGUUGUAGGUACUGCUGUAGGGCCUGGAAUGUUGGGAUUACCUGCAUUAACUGUAAAAUCUGGUCCACUUCCAUCAACUGUAGCCCUAUUAUUGACUUGGGUAUAUGUCAUUUCCUCUAUCAUUCUUGUAGCUGAACUUAGUUUUGCUGCAAUGGAGGAAGAUGGGGUUGAUGAAGUUAGCUUUACUAGUCUUGCAACCAAGACAUUAGGAAGUAAAAUUGGUUCUUUUGUUGCUUUGGUCUAUGCUUCACUAACUUUUGCUUUGUUAGUAGCCUGUGUUUCAGGCAUUGGUUCAAUUAUUUCUCAGUGGUUUUGCAAAAUUAAUCCUGUUAUUGCUAAUGGACUGUGUCCAUCACUGGUUGGACUAGUUUUAUGUUUGUUACCUUUUAAGGUUAUUGAUGUAGCCAAUAGGUGUCUAUGCAUUAUGAUGCUUUUCUCCAUUACAGCACUUGUGGUAAUUGGACUAUUUGUUGGGAGAAUGAAUAUUGUAACUUCUUUUGGAUUUGCUUCUUGGAGAUUUUCCUCAAUCUUGCCUGCUAUUCCUGUAGCUGUGCUUACAAUGGGGUUCCAUGUAAUCACACCUUUUAUUUGUAAAAUUGCUGGGAAUACUGUACAUGAUGCUAGAAAAGCAAUAAUUCUAGGUGGGACUAUUCCUUUAAUCAUGGUUGUAUCAUGGAAUUUGAUUGUUUUGGGACUUUCUGGGAACAAUGCUUCAUAUGUCUCAAGCGAUCCGAUCUCACUCUUGCUCUCUGUUAAUUCCUCUGCUCUACCAGCAGUUCAAGGUUUUGCAUUUUCAGCACUGGCCACUAGCUUGAUAGGAUAUGCAAUUAGUUUUCCGAAACAGGUUGUCGACACAUUGGAUUUGAUCCUCAGUAGUCCUAGAGGAGUAACAACUCAAGGUGAAGUAGGCAAAGUUGGAUCAGCCAGUUUCAAGUUCAGGCAAAAUCUUGGAAAUGCAGGAGAAGUUUCUUAUAGUGGAAUCAAGAGUGAUAAUGGUUUGGAAAUUAGAGGGAAACAUGGUUUCAAAUUUAUGCAAAGCAUUGUGAUGCCUUUUGUUCUAGCUUUGCCAGUUCUCAUUGGUUCUUUCUUUCCCUCUACAUUUUCAAGAGCUCUUGAUUUUGCUGGGAUUUAUGCAAACUGCUUUCUGUUUGGCAUCCUUCCGCCGGUGAUGACAUACAUUUAUCAGUCCAGGAAAAAGCUCAGGUUAGGCAUCCUGCCAGGAGGAGAUGGUGUGCUACUACUACUUUUAGCCAUUGCUGUUACUCUAGCCAUUUGGCAUUAGGUGGCUAAGUAUGCAACAACUUCUGUGCUAUACUUGUUCACCUGUUUCUUGAAGGUUAAAUGGAGCAUAGCACAAGUAAACUGAGAAAAUUUUUAAAUUGAAAAAUUGACUCUAACUUGAGGAUAUUUAAAAGAGCAGAUACAAGAAAGGUCAUAGUUGUUGUUGUGUGCCGAAUAUUUGCAACUUAUUGGUGAUUCUGUUAGAGUAAAAAGCUAGAUUAGAGAAUAUAUUUGCAACUUAAAGUAGCUUGGAAGGGCAAAAUCUGGAUUUACUCUUGCAGGGGAAACUUGUUAAGUGGGGCAUCAAUGUUGAUUCUUGUAUCAAACUCAUUGUGAUCAGUCAACGGUUCGGUUCACCUGCUUGUGGAAUGUGAGGGUUAAAUAUUUGUAUGGCUUAAGUCGCAGCAUUUGGCAAUGGCGGAUCUAAGUUAUGUAUUAUGGGUGUUUAAGCACCCAUUGCUUCUUCUGUUGGUAUUAGAAGACUGAUACAGUGUUUGUUAUUUUAGUUGGUUAGUCUUUGAGUUGUUAGGACCUUUGUUUUUCACUGUAGGUGUGCUAGAUUACUAGCAUUGCCUUUUUGUUCUACUGGUAUUGUUUUGAGACAGCUAUUACAACUUUGAAAGUAAAAUGCAACAACUCCAAUAGU